UGUGGGGCGGUUUAUGUAAAAGCAAGAUGGCAGCCUCCUGCAUGAGGGUCCUGGGUCGGCCCGGAAUCUCGGUGUUUUCUCGCGCUGCCCUGCCAGGACCCUGCAGAGCGUACGGAACCGGGGGCGCUGGGUUCCGGUCCAAGCUGUUCGGCGCUGCCCCGGUCCGAGGAGGCGGAGGCAGGGUGCUGGGAUGUGCCUUCUUGCUCGGAGGUGGUUUGGGUUUGUACCACACGGUCAAGCUGUCCUUUCAGCACCAGUUUGCACAACAGCAGACAACACGGGUGGAGAGCGGGAAUCUACGCCUCACUCUGUACCAGUACAAGACCUGUCCGUUCUGCAGCAAGGUCCGAGCCUUCCUGGACUACUAUGGGCUGCCUUAUGAGGUUGUGGAGGUCAACCCUGUCCUGCGGAAAGAAAUCAAGUUCUCGGAGUACAGGAAGGUGCCCAUCGUGCUGGUGGACAUGGGGGAGAUUCUGCAACUCAACGACUCCUCUGUUAUAAUUAGCGCCUUGAAGACCUACAUGAUCUCCAGGGAUAAGACGAUGCAGCAGAUCAUCUCCUAUUACCCGGAGAUGCGAUCCAAGAAUGAGAAGGGGAAGGAGGUGGUGGAGUACAACAACAAGUACUGGGUCAUGCUGACAGAGCAGGAGACUGUGCAAGUGUACCCAGUCAAGGACUCCAGGAAGGAGGAGAUGAAGUGGCGUUGCUGGGCGGAUGACCUGCUGGUCCACCUCAUCUCGCCCAACGUAUACCGCACGCCCCGCGAGUCCCUGGCCUCCUUCGACUACAUCGUGCGCGAGGGCAAGUUCGGCCCCCUCGAGGGCUUCUUCGCCAAGUACGUGGGCGCGGCCGCCAUGUACGUCAUCGGAAAGAGGCUGAAGAGCAGGCACAACCUACAAGACGAUGUCAGGCAGGAUCUGUACAAGGCGGUGAAUGAGUGGGUGGCUGCGAUUGGGAAGAAGAGGGAAUUUAUGGGUGGCGAUCAGCCCAAUCUGGCCGAUCUGGCCGUGUUUGGUGUCCUGCGGGUGAUGGAGGGGCUGCAGGCGUUUGACGACAUGAUGAGCAACACCAAGGUGCGGGCCUGGUACCGGCGCAUGGAGCUGGCCACCCAGCAGCACCUGGGCCGGCAGUGACGCCCUCCCCUGCCGGUUUCUAGGAUAGAGGAGGGCGGAGCGGACUCCUUGCUCUGGGAACGCCAAGCGGGAGCUGCUCGGGAAUACAGCGUUACCUCCUCUAUUUUAAAAACUGCACUGGCGGGACGUCCGCCGCUUCUCCGGCGGACCUGGGACUUGGAUCUGCACCGGGGACCACCCUUCUGGUUCCAUGACAGCCCCUGAAAGCACUUAAGGGUUUUCCUGUAUCGCUGUAUCGUUGACGAGACGAGUGUGCGAGAAGCCAAACGGUUGAAGAGUUUUACUGAUCCACCACACAUUUAGGGACUUCACUAUGCAUUGUGAUUUUUUUUUUCCAGGGUAAAAACACCCCCCUGCUUUGCUGUGCGUACAAUACUGCUUCUUCCUCCCCAGCACGGGGACCUGUAGACCUCUAGAGCCAGUAGCAGCCCCCAGUCCCCAGCACACUAUCAAUUCCCUUGGUCCCUUACUGAAAUGCACCACUUUGCCCCUGUCUCCUUGUGUGGUGUAAUGGGAGGGAGAGUGGGGAAGGUCUACACGCCAGAGUUGUGCACUUGCUCUUCUCUAGCACUUUCAAAGAAAUAAAACAAAUGUCGAUUUUUGUCAAGUGAGAUGAGCAUACUUCUUCUGGCAAAGGAAUUGUACCGCAGUGGCUCCUGGGCUCUGUUUCAGUACAAAGGAGCACUUCAAGAGUGACAGGGAGAACUCGGUGAUUUAAGAGUAACAGCUUAACACGCUCUUUUAUGAAAUGCAGGCCCGGUCUACCUCUGCUUUUCAGUUUUGAACAGGCUCAGGUUAAAGUACUGUAGUAGCAAACAUGGGGGCUUGUGUUUUGUCAAAUCCCGGAGUCUGUUGUGAGAGCUAGGGUGAUGUACCACCCCUCACAAAGAAAAAUGCAAGUUAUUUCUUUAUUCAUAUAACUGUCCCGUUCUCGUUGCUGCUGUGGGGGAUAGGGACUGGUUGUAGUGAUUUUUUUUUUUGUGCAAAUGCAAUGCAGAGUUCCCCGCUGCAAGUCGCCUGUCCAUGCUUUCCAGGGGGCAUGGAUUAAUCGAAAAGAAGGAGGGGCGAAGAUUAUUUUUCAGCUCCAUACUUCGUAAACGAUUCCUGGGGAACUUGUUAAUUACGAGCUGUUCCAUGGCUUACAACUGACCGUUAGCACAGCUAAAACUCUGUGCAGGUCCCGGUUGCCUACAGAGUCUUAUGCAUUUUUUCAGGGUGCUCAGCACACUAAGCUAGUGGAAGUGGGAGGCUGGAAGGUACUGAAAGACAAUUCAGGUGAAACAGUUGGUACAGAACUGCCUUAACCCUGUAACAGUUCCAAAAGGAAAUCUUAAAAAUGACAUUGCUGUGUAGAAGUGCUAAAUAAAGCUGCUGAAACAUUG